AGAAAAACAACAACAGCAACAACGAGCCGACAUCAACCGGUUUCCAAAUUUUCCACAACAAAUUCAGUUUUUCCCUUGCUUGCGUUUGCAUAAAUUUCCAGUGAAGUGAAAAUCCACAGGCACAUCUAUACACAAUAUUUAUAUGUAUAUGUGUUGUUUUGAGGUAAUACCAGAAGGGCUACAGCUAUAGCUAAAUUUAAAUAAAAAUAAAUAAAAAAGAGCUUUGGUGUCAGGCCGCAGCGCACACAGACAGACGACAGCCAUGGGAUAUUCCAUUACGAAUAGCGAAACUGGAGAGUUGGAGUACUUCUACACGGACUCCGCCCGUGUCACACAGCCCGACUACGAUGGAGAGACCGGCGAGCCCGUUUACGGCCAGAUGAAGGUGCGCUAUCGCAAGCAUCACAAUUUCCAUGUGCCCAAGCACUGCCUCCGUGGCACCCUCUGCGACGAGAUGGACGACUUAAUGACGAACAAAUAUCAGGGUGAUCUGGACAUAAUCGUGAAGCAUGGUGAACGCAAGGAGCCGAAGAAAACGACGCCAGGCUAUGAGCGCGAGGACUACUGUCACAUGGACGGUGUGAGCAGUAACAUCAUCUUGGGCUACGAACGGCAGCAUUAUCUGCUGUUCCUGGUGCCGACGCUCUUCUGCUACAACUUCUUCAUUGGCGCGUUGAUGGCUGUGAUUGAGAUAUUUCUGCACAUGAUGUCGCACCACAAGAACGGCCUGACCAUGCAGAAGAGCCUCUACUUCCGCAGUCCCAUGCAUGUGCUCUCGUCGCAGUUCUGCGCCAUCUGUCGCACCGAGUCCGACAGCAAGUACAAUCGCAUCUUCGAUAUUCUAAACAAACAGAUGCGCACCGCUCAUCGCUCGGCCACACUCAAGAACAUGGCCAAGGCCAUGGGAUAGCUCUCGCAGCGCAACGCAACACGGCCCAUUAGAAGGCAUCGAAAAACUAUAUUCAAUAACAGAAACGUUUAUGUCACACGAUCAAAACAAAAUAAAUGCACUAAAAUAUCA